CCGGAGUCCGGCUCGGCGCUCAACAAUUUGGUAACUCUUAUUCGACAUCCAUCUGAAUUAGUGAAUGUUCCUCUUCAUCAACAACAGAACAAAUGUACAACGUUAGUGAAAAAUAAAACUGCUGCUUCGACUACUGCUUUGCAGUUCACCUACCCAUUGUUCACAAGUGCGUGCUCUACUGGUGGAAAUUCUAGCCUUUCACAGACUCAGAGUUCUAGUAAUUCAUGUUCUGUACUUGAAGCUGCCAAGCACCAGGACAUUGGACUGCCGAGAGCAUUUUCUUUCUGUUACCAGCAAGAGAUUGAAUCUACUAAACAGACUUUAGGUAGCAGAAACAAAACUUUGCCUGAGCAGGUUUGGAUUAAAGUGGGAGAAGAAGCGCUAUGUAAGCAAGCAAUAAAUAAGAGGAAUCGGAGUAGAAUACGUCAGUUGGACACAAGUAUAGAACGAAGAGCCCUUGGAGAGAUUCAGAAUGUGGGCGAAGGCUCUACAGCCACACAGGGCACCUGGCAGUCCUCGGAGUCCUCACAGUCAAACCUGGGGGAGCAGACCCAGAGCGGGCCCCAGGGAGGAAGGUCUCAGCGUAGGGAGAGGCAUAACCGAAUGGAAAGAGAUAGAAGGCGCAGAAUCCGCAUUUGCUGUGAUGAGCUGAAUCUUUUAGUUCCCUUCUGCAAUGCGGAGACGGAUAAGGCAACAACCCUUCAGUGGACCACAGCAUUCCUGAAGUACAUUCAGGAAAGACAUGGGGAUUCUCUUAAAAAGGAAUUUGAGAGUGUGUUUUGCGGUAAAACUGGCAGAAGGCUAAAGCUGAGCAGACCGGACUCCUUGGUGACCUGCCCUUCCCAGGGGAGUCUGCAGAAUAGCCCUGCAGUGGAGAUCAAGUGACUGGACUGGACAGGAAUCCUGGUAAAGGGCUGUUCAGGCAUGUCCACGAACGCCAGUGUUCUGCGACCCUGGGGCUUUGCUCUGACAGCGCCACGGCUCGAGUCCAGGGGACUCCCGUAGGGACUUUGAGAGCACAUUUUGCAAAAGUAUUUACCUAAAACAAAAUACUUAUUCAUGAAUGUCCUCUUAGAUCAUUUGGGGAUGAAGACAUCUUGAUAUUAGUAAGUAAUUUUCAAUUAUCUGUCUUAUUCCAUCAUGUUUUCUUAACAUGAUAACUCAAAAAAUGAACAUCCUUUGUAAUUUAUAUAUUCUUAAAAGGUACAUUACUUUUUACUUAUUUUAUUUGCAUUUUAAAUGUGUCCCUUUAGCAAUUGGAAGAAGGUAAAUUGUUCUUAACUAGAAGUAGUUUGAAAAUUUUAUUGCAUUUGUUGUAUCACUCCCCUUUG